AUGGCACGACUGUACGGGUUAAAACAUGGAACGAUACUACACGCGUCUGGAGAGGUCCAAAUCCAACAAGGAAUGUGUGAUGUCAUAGGUCAGGCUCUUAUUACUGAAUUUAAUGCCUUAUCGGGUGGAAGGUUUUAUGAUCCACGUUCACAACAAUCUUUCAAAUAUGAUCACUUGCGAAAAGAAGCUACUGAUUUUCAACCUUGGGAACCAGAUCAAGUUUCAGAACCUUGGCGUUUGGCUCUUCAAGACGCAUGGAUUCGUUAUAUGCAAGAUCAUUAUCGCCAGGGUGUCUGUUCUGUGUUUGGAAAUUCUGAUGGAAAUAACAUAACAUUGAUUGCUUGUAUUGAAGAUCAUCAGUUUCAGCCGAAAAAUUAUUGGUAUGAUAAAAUUGUUAUAAUGCUAAAUAAUUUUGAUAAUCUUAUUUGCUUUUACAAAACUAUUAUGUAA